CCCGCCCCAUAGUUUUGUUUGCCCGACUUUUUCAGAGGAGUUUCCGAACAGGGGAUCCUGGGUCAGGACGACACACGUGUUGGUACCAGUCCGUGCGUACAGAAUGUGUUCAGGGAAAAAGGGGACAGGCUGUUAAAGAAAUGCAACGAAGGACUUUAAAGCAAAGUUCAGUUGAAUGACCGACAAGACGACAGGAAAUGAAAUAGUGGAGUGUAGGGCCUUACCAAGAGUUAAAAGUGGAACUAAGCUAUCAGAGUUUGAGGUUCAGUUUACGCUGUCAAUACGAGGAGGCAAGAAGCAGUGCUAGAGCUAAUGCGUAAUAAAGCGGAACAUUUUUGCAAUUGUGGCGAGCCAUUGUCAAUUUCAAGUUGAUUUAAAGAAGAAGUCAAAGUUUUUAAGGGAUUAUGAGUGAAAAGGAGGUGUUUGAGGACAGUAAAGUGAAUGGCGCCCAGAAAGAGGUGGAUUUGGGGAGACUCUCUAAAGCAGCAGAAGGAGAGAAUGGCACGGAGCAGUGUGCCCGGGACGAGAAGCAGUUGUUCAGUGACGUGCCCUUGCCACCGACCCGACUGUACAAGCGGCGUUGGCUCAUAGUGUGUCUCUUCAGCAGCUACUCCCUCUGCAACUCCUUUCAAUGGAUACAAUACGGCAUCAUCAGCAACAUCUUCAUGUACUUCUACAGCGUGGACGCCUUUACAAUAGACUGGAUGUCCAUGAUCUAUAUGCUUACUUACAUUCCUUUCAUCUUCCCUGUCACCUGGCUGCUGGACAAGAAAGGUCUUCGGGUCAUCGCACUGGUGGCUACAGCCCUGAACUGUGUCGGCACGUGGGUCAAGGUCCUGAGUGUUAAACCAAACCUGUUUGUAGUCACAUUCGUCGGACAGUUCUGCUGCUCCUUCGCUCAGGUGUUCAUUCUGGGGAUGCCCUCCAGAAUCGCCUCCGUGUGGUUUGGUUCACGCGAGGUGUCUACUGCCUGCUCCAUCGGAGUGUUUGGGAAUCAGUUGGGUAUUGCCAUUGGAUUCCUGGUGCCGCCCAUUCUUGUCCCCAAUGUUGAAGACAAGGAGGAGCUGGCUCGCUACAUCAGCAUAAUGUUUUACAUCACUGCAGGCGUGGCCACUCUGCUCUUUGUACUCGUCAUCUUUGUGUUCCAGGAGCGCCCCACAUUGCCUCCUACCCAGUCACAGGCCGUGGCCCGGAGUAUCCCCCCAGAGCAGUACUCCUACACCGCCUCCGUCUUGAGACUACUUCGUAACAAGCCGUUUGUCCUCCUCAUCAUCACCUAUGGCUUGAAUGUGGGUUGUUUCUAUGCAGUCGGCACCCUGCUGAACCGAAUGAUCAUUGAACACUAUCCUGGAGAAGAGGUGAAUGCUGGGAGAAUAGGCCUUACAAUCAUCAUCGCAGGAAUGGUGGGGUCCCUCAUCUGUGGAGUGUGGCUGGAUCGAACCAAAACAUACAAGCAGACUACUCUUGCUGUGUACUUCAUGUCUCUGGUUGGGAUGAUUGUAUAUGCUGCCACCCUCAGCCUGGGGCACCUUUGGGUGGUCUUUAUCACCGCUGGAUCCCUUGGUUUCUUCAUGACUGGAUACUUGCCUUUGGGCUUUGAGUUUGCAGUGGAGCUGACCUACCCAGAGUGUGAGGGCACAUCGUCAGGCCUCCUCAACUGCUCUGCACAGGUAUUUGGCAUUAUUUUCACCAUCUGCCAGGGCAAGAUCAUUGACGGGUAUGGUACACUGGCCGGAAACAUCUUCCUCUCCGUGUUUCUUCUGAUUGGCACAGUAAUGACUGGUUUCAUCAAGUCUGAUCUUCGCAGACAAAAUGCAAACAAGACUGCUGUAGCGAUGGCGGGAGGGCAGAUGGCGGGACAAGACUAUGGAGCCACAGCCCUAAUCACAGACCAGACGCAGACUCCACCCCCUCCUCCCUCUCAAGAAUAAUCUCUAAACCUAUCCACUUCCAAAAAACAAACAAAUAAACUCAAAUCUUUGCUGAACACAUCACUGUGUGAAGGAAACUCCUGAUUGCCUGAACACUAGUGCUCCAUCACAAAUAAUCCUCAGAGAAGAAAAGUUUUAAACGAACAGUUCACGUGUUGAUCUUCCUGUUACAAGAAAAGUGCAUCAGGAGACACUUCAACUCCACCCACUGAUUUAACAUAAACAUUAUACAAGUUAUUUAUUACAGGAUCAAAUUCAGCAAAUAGAUUUUUUUUUCAACUUAAUAUUUGUGUAUUUUUACUAAUAAUGCAAUGCUGGAAGUCUGAACCAAAUCUGUGAAAUAUUUAAAAUAAUAAAUGUAUAAAAUGUAAUAUGUAAAGAAAUCCGAGAAACGAGGUUGCCACUUUUCUGAUGAUCAUGUACAAAAGUGAAACACUGAUUUUAAUAAGUUUCAUUAAGUUUUAACCUCAAAUGUUUUAAUUAUGUAAAAUAAAUGUAAGCUAACACUUACAUGUAUCCAAGAUAACAUUAAAAGUGUUUGGCACCAUCAA